CCGGACGAAACUGCUACAAGGUCAAUGGCGGCCAAGGAAGUAAAAUAUUUCGACUAAUUUCGAAGUAUGCUUAGUGAUGGGGUCGUAAUUUAAUGUCAAUAAGAACUAGGCAGAAUUCAAAGGGACAAUCGUGCAAUAUAAUGGAGUUCAUACAACAUUUGGCAAGAUCACUUAAGAGUGCCAGGACAGUUCAACUUCCUACAGAUGCUAACUCUGCAUUCUUUGUUCUGAUGCCCAUGGUGAUAGCAAACCAGCACAGAUCUGUAGCUGACUUGCUGGCCAACACAGACUAUUCUCCCGAUUAUGGGGCUGGCAGAGCAAAGAGAAACCUCAUACACAUAGCUGCAAACUGUGGCUCCUAUGAGUGCUUGUGUUUGUUGCUGAAGAAAGGAGGAGAUGUGAACAAGCAGGAUAUGUCUGGGUGCACCCCUCUACACUUGGCCGCAAGAAAUGGACAGAAGAAAUGUUUGAACAAGCUGCUGGAAUAUAAAUCUGAUGUGAACAUAAAAAGCAAUGAGGGCCUGACAAUAAUCCAUUGGUUGGCUGUGAAUGGACGCACCGAGAUGCUUCAUGAUCUAUUACAAUAUGUGCAUAAUGUGGAUGUUGAGGAUGCCCAAGGUCAGACAGCGUUACAUGUUGCAUCACAGAAUGGUCACAAAUCUACUGUAACAUGCCUCAUUGAUAACGGAGCAAAUGUGGACUUAUGUAACUACCAAAAGUCGUCACCUUUACACUUUGCAUGCAGCCAUGGACAGAGGGACACUGCGAUGAUACUACUAUCGAGGGGUGCAAAGUUUGUGCCUGAUGGGAGCAAUGCAACACCCCUGGAGCUCUCUGUACAGGGUGGUUACAGUGAAACAUGUGAAAUGUUACUUGAACAGAUACCAACAUUAUUUGAGUCCCUAAUCACCAUGGUGCAGAAGGAUGACUUAGCAGAAACAGAGUUCUACAAGGUAUUAAGUUACUUGAGGAAGAAGAACCAAACCAUGUGUGCAGAUAUACUCAUAGGACUGGGUCAACAAGCAGUUUAUAUAGGACACAAAUUGUUAAGUGUGUCCAGUAAUGUGCCAUAUCAGGUGAAAAGCCUACUAAGGUGUGCAAAGUUUAUGUGCAACUUGUACAAAGAGAGUCAACUUACACAGCCCACUGGAACAAAUGGAACAUGUGCAGUCAGUGGAAACACAAAGGCUUCAAUAAAAGCUGGGGCAAUAUUCAAGCACCUAGAACUACUAUGGACAUCACUUGAGGAGUGGUUGUUAAUACUUCAUGAUGAAAUCAACCAGAGUAAAGACAAGGAGGCAUUGUUUGCUCCGAGGCCAAUUAAAGUACCAGAUGAGGAAUCAAUACCCAGAGUUGAUGAUAAACAGACCCAGUCAGCUGAAAAUAAAAAGGCCUCCAUAUGCAGCACAGAUGAUGAAGGUAUCAUUCCAUUGUCAGAGAGGUUUGAUAAACUCAAGCAAGCAGGCAAACAACAAGACAUCAUAGAGGUUGUGUGUCCAAGAAUAUGUGCAGUAAUACAGGCGUUCUACAUGUGCUGUGCUUGUCAGACUGAUAAACUACAGAUGACGUCACCAAGGUUCAUAGAGUUUGUCUGCAGACAUGAUACAGUGCUCAAGUUUUUAGUCGCCAGAAAUCCGACUGUCAUCUUUGACCACUUUCACUUCCUGUUAGACUGCCCCGAACUGAUGUCUCGUUUUAUGCACAUCAUAAAAUCACAGCCAUUUGAUGCCAGGAAAGACUGGUUCUAUGAGAACUUACACCCUGACAACACAACUAGUGAGGUCCUUCACAUUCCACCUUAUGAUUCUGAUAUACUAGUCAUUAAAAGAGAGAAAUUGUUUGAUAGCAGCUGUUAUCAACUUCUCAAGAACAAUCCGGAAAAACUCAAGAAAAAUCUUGCAGUUCGGUUUGACAACGAGGAUGGCAUGGGGCAAGGUGUGAUGAGAGAAUGGUUCGAUGUAUUGUCACGAGAAAUCCUCAACCCAGAUUAUGCUCUUUUUACUCAGUCAGCAGAUGGCAGCACCUUCCAGCCGAAUAGUAACUCGUCUGUUAACCCCGACCAUUUGAAUUAUUUUGAGUUUGCGGGUCAAGCUAUGGGUCUUGCAUUGUACCAUAAACAACUCCUUAACGUUUACUUUACACGAUCUUUCUACAAACAUAUCCUUGGAGUACCAGUUAACUACAAAGAUGUGGCUUCAAUAGACCCAGAGUAUGCUAAGAACCUCCAAUGGAUUCUUGACCAUGAUAUCUCUGACCUUGGCCUUGACCUGACCUUCAGUGUGGAGACUGAUGUAUUCGGGGUCAUGCAGGAGGUUGACUUGAAGCCAUCAGGUAGUACCUUACCAGUCACGGAAUCCAACAAACAAGAAUAUGUCCAACUGGUGACAGAACUCCGCAUGACGCGUGCAAUCCAGCCACAGAUCGAGAGCUUCCUGAAUGGCUUCCACAAAUAUAUCCCACAAUCCUUAGUGCAGAUGUUUGAUGAGUAUGAACUAGAGCUGAUGUUGUCGGGACUUCCGGAGAUUGAUAUAGAAGAUUGGAAGGCUAAUACUGAGUACAGUACAGCAGAGGAGGAUAGACAUGUCAUACAGUGGUUCUGGAAUGUGGUAGAAAAGCUGAGCCAACAAGAAAAAGUGUUACUACUACAGUUUGUGACUGGUAGCUCAAGGGUUCCACAUGGUGGUUUCGCAAAGCUAGCAGGUGGUGGGGGACCCCAGAAGUUUAACAUAUCUAUUGUCCAGUACUCUCCCCAGGUUCUUCCAUCUGCUGCAACCUGCAUCAACUUGCUAAAAUUGCCAGAGUAUCGCAGCGAGGCUGAGCUAGAUGAUCGACUACAGGUGGCACUGCAGUGUGGUAGUCAAGGUUACGGGAUGGCAUGAAUAAUACCAGAAUACAUGAAUAACAAUGUUUAUGCUUGCAUAAUUAGCACAUGAGAUAACAUAUCUAUGAAUUCAGUGUAAUGACAGUAAAAACAUACAUGACUGAUGGCAUAAAUUGAACAUAAUAUAAGAAGGCUAAUGCCUUGGUCACAAUUGAUCUAUGGCAGACUGUACGAUGGCCAUAGUUUCUUAAAUUCAAGAGAAAUGUGCAGCAUAAAAUAUAGGGAUAAGCCAUGUAAGCAGUAUAAUGUAGAUUUUCUUUAUCAAUUUUGUGAAGCUAUGGCCGCCAUACAGCCACUGUGACUGAGGC